AUGACGCCAUCUCAGACACAAGGCAAUGGAUCAACUACGGCAGUGCCAGAGAGGCCAAACUUAUCGUCAAAACCGACUACUGCAAUUUCAUCCAUGAAUAUCCAGACACUUUCAUUUCCAGAUGGGUCACGUGGAACCUUCUCGACAGCCGGGGAGAAUAAUUCCCAAGGCGCGGAGCAAACGUCUAGUUCGACAAAUGCUGGGGUAGCAAGCAUAGGUUUUAGUUCUAUGGGCAACGACAUAGACGAUUCUAUGAGUAUCAUGAGUCUUGCACCUACUUUACGACCACCGGGAGACUUGGAGAGUCUGCUUGUCGGAGACAUGAGCAAGAAGAGUCCCGCGUGGAUGCUCUUACACUCACAGUCCGCAGCUGUGCAGCCCUUUGAAACUAUCAGGGCUGAUGAGGGUACGAUUUUCGCCGAUUUCGCCCGCGAAUUCGAUGACAUACCCGAGCCCGGCGAGACCUGGAGCGACGAGACCCGACUAAAACUUUGGAAGUCUAAGCUCAAACACUUCAUGAUUUUAUCAUCGGCUGGCAAACCGAUUUAUAGUAGAUAUGGGGACUUGGAAAUGAUCAACUCUUCGAUGGGCGUUGUACAAACCAUCAUCUCGUUUUAUCAGGGGGCUAAGAACCCUCUUUUAGGCUUUGCUGCUGGAAAUACCCGGUUCGUUAUCGUGACAGAAGGUCCCCUUUACCUCGUCGCUAUAAGCAAGCUUGGAGAGAGUGAUUCUCAGUUGAGGGCUCAGCUUGAUGCCCUCUACAUGCAAAUCUUAUCAACUUUGACGCUCCCAGCUCUCACUAAUAUUUUCGCUAAUCGGCCGUCAACCGAUCUACGGAAACCUCUACAAGGAACCGAAUCGCUACUCUCUUCUUUAGCAGAUAGCUUCACCAGAGGAUCCCCAUCUGCUCUACUAGGAGCAUUGGAAUGUUUAAGACUAAGGAAAUCGCACCGACAUGCCAUCAAUAAUGCUUUUCUAAAGACGAAGACCGAAAAACUCCUCUACGGUCUAAUAGUCGCAGGCGGAAGACUAGUCAGCGUCAUUCGGCCACGUCGCCACUCUCUUCACCCAAGCGACCUGCAGCUUAUUUUCAAUAUGUUAUUCGAGUCUGGCGGUGUCAAAGCCGGGGGUGGUGAAAACUGGAUUCCACUCUGCUUGCCAGCCUUCAACAACCGCGGUUAUCUUUACAUGUAUGUUAGUUUUCUGGAUGUCGAUCCGGAGUCUGAGAGAAACCUAAAUGCGGCUGGCGAGGAGAUUGCAAUUAUAUUAAUAAGCCCGGAUAAAGAGAGCUUCUUCGACCUACAAAACAUGCGAGACGACGUCGUGGUUGAACUAAAGAAAAAAGGACAUCUGGAUAUGAUCAAAACUGCAGCACAACAGGGACGCCCAAAAAUGAACGACAUCGCACCAGGAACCCACAUCAGCCACUUCCUAUUCAAGUCGCGGGCCAAUGUCCAGUUCUGCAUGCCAUCUCUGCAUCCGAAAUUUUCCAACCUCGUCCCCCACCGGCGCCUCAUGUCCCUCUACCACAACCUGCACUCCACCAUCCACGCCAAGCACACGCACGUAAAAGUACUGCACUGCGUCGGGGAGGACACCACCUCGCUGGCGUGGAUCACGCCGAUAUUCGAGUUCUACUGCGUAGCCGGGCCCAACGCCUCGCGGACCGUCAUGACGCAGGGCGCUAAUAAGAUCAUGCAGUGGGCGAAGCGCGAGGAGGAGCGGUUGUUUAUCAUAGGCGGAGGCGUGUUUUGAAAACAUUAAAAUUACCAUUCUUAAUUACCAUCGCGAAUUACGUAUUGCAAUAUCUCCCCUAUCCUCCCCUGUAAGUACCUAACCUGAGGUAUUAAUGGAAUCCCCGGCUUUCAAUCGGAUGACUGUUGCUAUCGUAUAUAGUGCCUUGAGCAGGACACCCAUCUGUAUCCUGCGGGUUUAUAAGAGCCUAGAAAACCACCUGCUCGCGCUGCUGGGAGUCUUCUUGCUGGAUCCCUCGCCAUUCGCCUUGGCGUUGGAUGAAGUUCCUCGGUUCGAGGCAGGGCACGGGGUGCUUCUAGGUGCAGACAGGAAGCCAUUAUCAUACGGAUCCUUGGGCGCAGGCCUCUUCGGGCGGGAUCCAGAGUGGGCCCGUGUUCGCUGCAAGGGGUUAUAAUUCCCAUCCCCAUUCCUGUCAUGCCUGGCAGCUGUUCGGGGCCGCGAUGUCGGAUUCGCAGAGCUAGGUGCUCGUUGCCGGGAACGAGGGGUUUCGCUCGAUAACACGCUCAGCUCGACUUCCCCU